UACCCUAAUGCGGGUUAUAAUGUUCCUCUUGUACGGAAUACUGCGAGCGACUCCUGAUUCGUACUUGAGCGCUGUUUUUAAUCAAUGUGUAAUAUUUAACAUUGCACAUACCUACGUACCAAUCCUGACUUUGAAGUAUAUUCCUGACCGUGCCAGCCGAGUCAACUGUACUUAAAAUUGUAUUUUGAAACGUGCAAUAUAUGUAUUGUACAUAAUAUGCUGCAGAAAAUGGAUACCGGUGCUACAGACGUAUUCGACGUUGCUUACAUGAGAAUGAUUCGUUUCUCCCUCAGCUCGAUAGCUCAGUGGCCAUACAACAGCUUCGGGCGCAAAAGCAUACGCACACGCAUAAUGUCAGUUUAUCAUUAUAUAAUGAUCAGUGUCAGCACGUUCCUUGAGAUAUCUUGCGUGUUCUAUGUGAGAAAUAAUCAGGAUAAGGAAUUCAUUGUUUUGGGACACGAUUACUUUACACUUUUGAUGGGUGUUGUCAUAAUUCAAAGAAUGACGCUAUCAUUUCAGAAGAGGUACUGUCUGCUCGUGAAAAACUUCGUUUCUAAAUUUCAUUUGGUGAAUCAUCAAUAUAAAUGCGAAUUUGCAGCUAUGGAACUCCGCCGAAUUACUAGAAUUUGCAACAUCGCAGCCGUAAUUAUCCAUAUACAAAUAUUCUUUUCCAUGAUGUUUUUCAACAUGGUGCCCCUCUGGAAAAACAUCCAUGCUGGCAUGUUUUCUGACCAUAGACCAGAAAACGGAACCUUCGUGCAUUCUGGCAAUUAUUUAUCCUUUGUUAACCAGUAUACUGAUAUUAAAGGAUACUUUAUAGUUUUCUUUUUGAAUUUCUAUCCAUCUUAUAACGCGGCAGUAACUUUUCUUUGCAUGGACCUCUUGAUUUUCAUAAUGGUGUUUCAUAUUGCGGGGCAUUUGAAUAUAUUGGUACAUGAUCUGAGAUACUUCCCGCGACCGAAUGAAAUAGAACAAUGCUUGGAAACGGGUUCGAAGAAAUAUAACGAAGAAGUGUUUGUACGGUUGAAGGAUUUAAUUGAUCGAGAUCAAACGAUUAAGGAGUUCAUGAUCAAUAUCUCCGAAACGUUCGGCAUUAGUUUGUGCAUUUACCUCGCCUUCCAUCAGGUUACUGGAUGCGUGUUGCUGCUAGAAUGUUCUCCGAUGACACCCGAGGCUCUGGGAAAUUAUGGAUUCCUCACUCUAAUGAUGUUCCAACAGCUAAUUCAGACGUCGAUCAUAUUCGAAUUUAUUAGCACAAAGAGCGACAUGCUCGCCGACGAAGUGUACUCUCUGCCCUGGGAACUGAUGGAUGUCAGGAACAGGAAGGCUGUCCUGCUGUUCUUGAAGAAUGUGCAGCCGCCGAGGGCCCUCAAGGCCGGAGGGGUGGUCUCCGUGGGCGUGCUUACUAUGUCUACGAUAAUCAAAACGUCGUGUUCGUAUUUCCUGAUGUUGAAAACAUUAACAGUAGAGGAGUAAUGGAAUUCUUCAAUACACUUGACACAAAAUCUUAUUUUACUACGCUUUAAGAGAUCGUAUCGGCCCUAUCCACCGUAUUUUUUCGUACCCACAUUUUGCUGCAUUAGAUUUAUGUAGGUAUAUGCACUAUGCACCAGAAAUUUCUAGAAAAUAAGUCAAAUACGCAUAGCAUGAAUUUACGAUGUGUUUAUUUGGUUUAGUUUAUAUAGUACCUAUAAAAAUAAAUAGUACCUAAACACUUCAGAAAUUGUUUUUUUUAUUCGGUCGUACCCUUAAGAUAAAUCCCGAAAUAUGAGAAAUGUUUGGUUUACUCAGUCUUUACUGAAAAGAUGAUGAAUAUACUAGUUACAUUAAUAAUAUUAAAAGAAAAUUAUGACUACUUAUAAAAUAAAACUACGAAAACUAAACCAGUUAGGUAAUUUUAUGAUAUUUCUGCUCAGAAUCUUAUUUACUUGUACUGUGUUAUUCCAAUUAGAAAAAAAGUGCCUAAAAAAAUUCUAUACGUUCUUCAUAAUGUUUAUUUUCUUAGUCGUACAAAGAAUAAUAUCAAAUACAGUAAGAUGAGGGGGGCGAAGUGCGCCAUGCCGUCUAAGUGCGCCUACGUUUGAUAUAAUAAAAAGCAGUUUUCGAGAUAAAUUAGUAGUAAAUAUUUUAUAAGCAGUUUUCGAUGGCAUGGCGCAC